UCGUGUUUUUUCAGGGUGGAUUGAAUCGACACCCAGGAAGAAGUGAACUGUUUUCAUGCAAAACCAAAGAGUUUUACUUAACAUUAUAUAUACUUUAACAUUUAGAACGGCUGAAAAGCUCAUUUAUUGACAGCCGGUCAGUGAAUCAGGCGUUUAGCGGAUGUCAACAAAGGAAACGUUUUUGGACAGCAGACAAACUGUCGGUUGGAGUUGAGUUCAAAGUCCAGCUCCGAGAAAAAAAAAAACAAAACACGCACACUGGUCAGGACAACACAGGUGCUGGAAGAUGGCAGACUCGGGCGACAGUGGCACUAAAAUACUGAACUUCAACGUGGGGGUGCUGGGGCACGUCGACAGCGGGAAGACGUCCCUGGCCAGGGCCCUGAGCAGCACCGCCUCCACGGCCGCCUUCGACAAGAACCCGCAGUCCCGGGAGAGAGGCAUCACGCUGGACCUCGGCUUCUCCUCCUUCACGGUGGAGCUGCCGGCUCACCUGCGGGAGGCCGGAGGGCACCGCUACCACAGCCUGCAGUUCACCCUGGUGGACUGCCCCGGCCAUGCCUCUCUCAUUCGCACCAUAAUCGGCGGGGCUCAGAUUAUUGACCUGAUGAUGCUGGUGGUGGAUGUGGUGAAGGGGGUGCAGACUCAGACAGCAGAGUGUCUGCUGAUAGGAGAGCUGACCUGCCCUCGCAUGGUGGUUGUCCUGAACAAGAUUGACCUGCUGCCACCCAACAAGAGACAGAGCUCCAUUGAGAAAAUGACAAAGAGACUGCACAAAACUCUGGAGAACACCAGAUUUAAAGACUGUCCUGUGAUCGCUGUGGCAGCAAAGCCCGGGGGUCCGGAGGCCCCUGACACAGAGGAGCCACAGGGAGUGCCAGAGCUAAUUGAGCUGUUGAAGAAACAGACAUACCUUCCUCACAGAGACCCCGAGGGAGACCUUCUCAUGGCAGUGGACCAUUGCUUCUCCAUCCGCGGUCAGGGAACAGUCAUGACUGGGACCAUCCUGCAGGGGUCGCUGGCCAUCAAUGACACCGUGGAAAUCCCAGCCCUCAAGGUGACCAAGAAGGUGAAGUCGGUGCAGAUGUUUCGGAAGCCGGUGUCAGGAGCCAUGCAGGGGGACCGCGUGGGCGUGUGCGUAACACAGUUUGACCCUAAGCUGCUAGAGCGAGGUGUGGUGUGCGCCCCGGGGUCCCUGCGCACCCUCUACGCAGCUCUUAUCUCUGUCAGGAAGAUUGGCUACUUCAAGGGUUCCCUCUCUACUCGUGCCAAGUUCCACAUCACGGUGGGUCAUGAGACGGUCAUGGCGAGGGUGACCUUCUUUGGCCUGCCACCUACAGACGCCCGGCAGCCCCCGUCAGACGCUACACCCCUUCCCCCAGAGCCUCAGCUCUGCCCACUGGACACACCCUUCUCCUUCGACAGGGAAUACUUAUACCAGGAGGAAUAUAUGACCGGUCAGGGGGAGGCGAGUUCAGGGCCUGACCCGGAACAGUGGGCAUUGUUGGAGUUUGAGCGGCCAGUCACAUGCCCCUCGCUCUCCCUGGUGAUUGGCUCCAAGCUGGAUACGGACAUCCACGCCAAUGCAUGCCGGUUGGCUUUCCAUGGCCGUCUGCUGAAGGGCUUUGAAGACAAGGGCUACGCUGAGACUGCCCUGCCUCAGCUGCACAUCUACAAGACCAAACACAAGGAAGGCCAAGUGGAAAGGGUGACCGAUGAUUACACUGUGAUCGGCCGAAACCUGUUCAAGAAAGAGACCAACCUGCAGCUUUUUGUGGGGUUGAAGGUCACUCUGUCAACAGGCGAGACGGGCAGUAUCGAUGGCGGGUUUGGACAGAGUGGGAAGUUCAAGAUUCGGGUAUCAGAGGGUCUUCACCCAGAAACGAAGCGUUUAUUAUCCUCUACCUCCAAGAAGAAAGGAAAAGGAGGAGGCAAAGGUGAACCAGCAAGUGAAGACGAGCCCAAAGCUGAUUCUCAGCCAAUCAGCAUCCACUUGCAUUUCAAGCGAUACGUCUUUGAUCCCCACAAGAAGAUGGUUCAGUCCUGACCUUUGCUGCUCGGAGCGAACUUCAGGAUGAGACUGUGCAGCAGCGAGAGAGGGAGAGCGCCGGGUCAGAUGUCUUCUACAGGUGACACAGAGACACGCCUCUGUAUCAGAGGCACAUAAACUUUCAUUGUCUCUUUUGCUUUCUGGUGAUGGAGAUGUCACACAUUCUGUGAAAUACGAUGGCUGUGGUAUUCUGGCAUAUGAAACAGUGAUUUCUUCAUCUGCUUUUAUGUAGGUUUAAUCCAGUUUGCCCCACCACAAGGUGCUCUUCUUUCCCAUCAUGCAUUUCAGUUGUCUUACAGAACACAUUUUUUUGGUUGGACUAAAUUCCACUUUCUUUUGUGCAAACAGUAAAAAAAUACAGUAAAAGUCUCUGCUGCAAUUAAUGUUCUUCCUCUUCAUGCUCGUGUGUCUAAUUCAGCUGUGCCUUAAUUGGCAUGAACACUUUGGCGAGUGUUGCCAAAACACCCGCAGGUUCCACUUUUACCCCGACGCUCCUUACCUGGCCACUGCCUCUCGCUCCCUGCCUGGGUUUAAAGGUCACUAUGUUUCUGCCCUGUGAUUCAAAAAUGAUUUCUCAUUUUAUUAUUUGUCUUUACAACAAAACUUUAAUUUGUAUUAAUAUUGUAGACCAGCUGUUUACACCAUUUAGGAAUUAUGUUACAAGUUGCUCUGAAUGCUGAUCUCCUCAGAAAGACAAAUAAAGCAAACCUGUGCAGAAAUGCCAA